CACAGAUUGUUAUCUAUCUGUUGACCUAAGUAGUUGAUUUGAACAUUCAUUGACAAAUGGUUUGAUUGCAAGGCAAACAGGAAUCUGAUGCAUUUAGAAGAUUUCUCUGGCAGUUAAUUGCAGACAAGAGGAAAAAUUAAUCUGGAGAGCAGAAAAUCUUUAUCAUAAUAGCAAUUCAACAGGAUGCAACUGAUCUAGAUACAGGAUAAUUUCAAGCAUUGUGAGCAUUUCAGUUGAGACAAGAAACCCAGAAUAUCUGUUAAGAGAAAUAGUCUUCAAUCGGUGCAAACUUCAAGAUGUGGGACAGGUCUGGAAUUAGAAGAUAGUAAACCUAUCAUUGAACCUAUGUGUGAUCAAUAUGUGAUGUUCUAGUAAAAAGCUGUACAUACAUUAUAAUCGUCUACCAAAAACAAAGAGAUAUAUCUGUUAUCAAUGACUGGUUUCACUCGACAUGAUAUUUUGGCAAAAGACCUAAUGAUUUGAACUAUCUUAUAGGAACCUUAAUUUUCUUCUUGAUAUCAUUCUUCAGUCAAAGUUGACAUAGUUUCAUGCUCAGUAAAGAGACAUAAUCCAAGAGCAUCGAAUUGGAGGUCCAAAUAACAUGGAUUUGAUACAAGAUUGUCCUUAUCUCAUACUGUAGAUUUGAAACAAUAUACUUUUGGAGAUCAGAAGCGGAGUAUCAUUCCAUUAUCAUUCUAUGAUUGACAGCUUUGAACAAGGUUUUGGUCAAGGUCUUUGUACAAAUCUAUUCUUGGUACACAAUUUUUUCUCUGAUUUCUGAAGUACCAUUUUGUACUUGCAAAUGCAAUAUUUUCUCCAUUUUAUUGAAGAGCACAACUAUAGAGAAAGGCCAUGGUCAGGCACACAUUGAAGCGUGCAUCAAAUGCGAUGGUUAGGCCACCCUCUAUCCACUUAAUAGAUGUUAAAAUUACCCCUGAGGGGGAGGUAGAAACAGUGCUACCAGUAAUGCCAGAUGAAGAGAUGGAGUUUAAGGAGUUUUACUCUGCUAUCUUACAAACACUCCUUCAUCCUCUUGGUAAGGUGGACGGUAUGAAGUUUAACCCAUUGGAACUCGUUGGACAUCUUCAAAGGAUAUUCCAUGUUCCUAAUGCAUCCCACAGUACACUAGUAAAGGAAGAAGUCAACAAACGACCGGAUCAUUUUUUUCUUAGAGUGACUGUAGUGGAGGCUAAGGACAUCAAAGGAAUGGAUCCAAAUGGUAUGAGUGAUCCAUACUGUAUCCUAACUCACUGCAAUAAGGCAUCCAGUAGCUGCCCUUCCCAGCAGCGCUCCUCUCCGCAACACUCCCACAACAAGAACCAGGCACGUAGCGAUAGCCUCGACCAGCUCACCAGCCACAAGACGCAUUCCCUGCAGCACGCCAACACUCUCCCACAAACCUCAGGGAACAGUAGCAGUAAAUUCCUAUCUCCUCAAACAUCUGUACCUGAGACCAGCCAUCAUCAUAGUCUCUCUAGGAACAUCCAGAGGAAUAGGAGCUUCAACCGCAAGGACAGACGAAGGAAGUCACUGGAACACCUGGGUGUUGAUGCCAGACAACAGAAUAUCCAGCAAGAUCUACAUGUUCACUCAUUAGCUGUACCUGAUGAGAGGAGACGUAAGGGGUCUGAUUCAUUCCCUAUUUCUCCCAACCUAACCCAUAAUAAUUCCUUGGAAGCUAACUCCCUCUAUAGGACAUCAUGCAAGUCAGCAACCUUGCAUCCCGUCUGGAAUGAAACCUUUGACAUUGAGUUGGAUAGAUUAGAUGGUGAGUUGAUCAUUACCAUGUGGGACCUGGAUGAAGAGACAAGUCUUUGGGAUGCAUGCAAGAGUCUGGAAGCAGAACACAAACUUGCUGGUAUCAAAAACAUCUUUCGUCACAUGAAGCACGGGAUCAACAAAUGCACAGACGACUUCCUUGGUCAGAUCACAAUACCCCUGGAUAAGAUAGAGGCAGCUACUAUCACAGAGGAUUGGUAUAGACUCCAGAGAGGUCAUGCUAAGGUCAUGAGUUCACAAGUGACUGGUAAACUUCAUCUCAAGAUGCACUACCUUAGGAUAAAGUCUGAGAAUCAUCCAGAGAGAGAUGAGAGAGCGCUUUCAUACUACCACCAGCUUGUAACCGCUGCUCAGAAACAUGAUGCAGGAAAACACAUCAAGUCAAGACAGGAUAAGGAGAAAACUCCAUGGGAUGGAAGGUUAAGUAGACUGAGCCACCAUGUUCUAAAUCAGUUUGCAGUCCAGAAUGGAAUCAGCAAAUUAUCACAAAACAUCAUGUAUUUGUCAGCUUUACUUGACUUUCAGUUAGAAUUCACUCGCAAAUUGAAAGAAAUAGAGAUGGCACCACCAGAACUCAUCAUGGAGCCAUUACCUGAGGAGAGUGCCUUUGACGAGACAGACUCUUCCCCUCCACUCUCUUCUUUGACUCCCAAUAACAACAACCAAGGCAAUAACAGUUCUCUAACUGGUAGUCUGUCCGAAAAGAUGGAUCCGCCCAAGGAUGAUAAAACUGUACGGAGAUCCCCCAAUAGGUCAAGCUUGCGAAGGCAAGGUUCAGAGUUUGACUACGGUGAAAAGUUUGUACCUCAGCAGAUGGUGAAUGGUAAACUUGGAGGAUUGGUGAUCAAUGAUCGCUUUGUGAGGGAAGCUCUAUAUAAGAUCCAUGCAGAGAUGAUGGCUGAGUCUGCAGUGACUAUCUAUGGCAGUGACCCCAAAGGGUUGGCUACACUAUUUGAGAACAGACCUGAAUGGCUUCGCUUUGAAACUGCCAUUGUUGAAAACUCCAUCAGUAGUUACAUCUAUGAGUGCUUGGCUAACCUUCCAGAUUGUGAACCAUUCUUCCCUCCAACCAACCUCAUAGGACUGGACAAUGCCAACAAGAACUGCAAAUUACAAUUGCUGCAGAAUCUGCUUUCGAUGUCUAUUUGGCGUGACCAUGACACCCCCGUCCAUCGGCUAGUGAUGAAACUGUUAGAGUCAGUGGUACGUAAUGACACCAGGAAGUACAUCCUUACUGACCUUGAUGCCAUUCCUCUCUCACAAGGAUCACUAAAACCUGGGGAGCUUGUUGAUCUCUUAGCAAGAUAUGCUGAACUCCUGUCUCGAUUCACCAUCUACUGUAAGAACCAGAAGGAUUAUAAAAACUUCUUUUCCAGAUUCCAUGUAGAUUUCUUUUCGACAGUCACCAUAGAGAUUGAUCGGCAGGUAUCCAAAUAUCUUCAGGAUAUUAUCCUCAUACGUCUGAACCAGUACCAUGCCCGCUACCGACGGUUCCCUCAGAACAUUGCUGAAGCUAGCAAGGCUGGUCUAGCGCUCUAUAUGGCAGUCAAGAAUCUGGUUUCUAUCCUCAAGAAGAAUGUCACUGGAAAUGAGAGACUGCAGUUAGAACAAUAUAGCAUCUGGUUCCAGGUGCCUCUCACCUACUGGUUGGUUACCUUUCAACAUGAGACCUUCAGUCGUGUCCACAAGGCUUUAGAACUUGACAAGGAUGUCAAGUUGGUCCAUGAAGUCGUCAAGUAUUCCAACUCGGCCGUUGAUGUCCAGGCUUGCUUUGCGAAGGUUACACAAGAAUGGCAGAGCAUAGGAUACGAAUGUCCAAACAGCCGUUGUAUGGCCAUUACAAAGCUAACUGAUCUGAUAUGUGAAGGAGCCAAACUGUAUGCAUGUAAGAUCCACUGUAUCCUGGAAUCCAAUGGGUUCUAUAAGACAAGUAAAGAUGGACAAUUUGAUAUCAAGGAUAAGUUAUGCAUCACACUCAACAACAUUGAGCAUGUCCGUGGCUACCUGGACAACCUACCCACUCUCCUAGAAUGGGAAGCUAACUGCAACCAGCUAGCUGCCCACCACCAGACUGCUGAAGCUGGUAAACUGACCCUCAGUACACUGAGACGCUUGACCCAGAGGGCAUGUCAUGACAUCCAUUACAUGUCUAGUCUCCUUGAAAAGAAGAUUGCCUAUCGUCUUAGUCAGGAGGUCAACAAACAUCUUGACAAGUUUGUCAACCCACAGAAGGGUCAGACCAGCGAAGAGUGUAUGGAGGAGCUUCUAGACUACAUAGAUGAGAACCUAGGUACUCUUUACAAGCAGCUCCUUCCACAGAUCUUCCCUCGUUUAGUCCAGGAGCUCUGGAAUGCUCUUCUGACCAGCAUUAGGUCCAGGAUCCAAGAUGGUAGACCACCAGGCUACUACAAGAGGCUCCAACAGAGUCUGGACUCCUUGGAGGCCUACUUUCAGAGGCCAGGCAUCGAAUUGACAAGUUCCACGACCCGGACUGAUGAGUACCACGCCAUCAUGGAGAAGCUGGAACCUAAUACCAGGUCUACAUUCAGUCUGUUGGCCCUGUACUAUCGGGACCUGGCCCUUGACAUGGCCACGCCCAUGGCCUACCUGGGCCAUGUCAGUAUCAAGAUGGCCUAUCAUGAGGUACCAGGUGACAUGAGGUCACUAUCGGUCAAAGUGUGUAAUGCAGUGGAUCUACCAGGAGUUAAAAGGAAUGGAUUCAGUGACCCCAAGAUUAUUGUGGAGAUUGCCCCAGAAACAACCUUCAACAAAGUCUUAUCAUUCAAGACAAUGGUCAAAUAUAAGGAACUAAACCCAGUUUACAAUCAAGUCUUUCAGUUUGGUGCAUUGCCUGAAGAGGCAUUUGAGUUGGACACUGUGAUUCUAUCAGUGACAGUCGUUGAUCACAACUCUGUGGUCUGUGAUAGCUUCAUCGGUGAGGCCUUCAUUCCACUUCAUCAGGCAAGGCAGGUGACAGAGAAACAGACAGUGGACCACUGCCCAGCUAUCAUGCUAGCCCUCAAGCGACCCAGGAGACUUAGGGGUCAUGUAGAGAUCCUGAGGAGCAGGAGUAAGUGGGACAAGAGUGCCAAGCAGUUCAUCACCAAGCGAACCUGGGCCAUCCAGCAACAGAGACAAAGAACAGACAAGAAGAUUGUGAAAAGGCAUAGUCACAAUGCCUUCUUCCCAGAGUGAUGUCUUCUAGAUCCUGUAAGGUCAUGAGUGUGAUCCCAGCAACCAGUGUCUUAGAAGCAUCCAUGUAUCAAUGAGGAUCUACUGUGUCAGUAAUCUUUCUUCCAAGAACUAUGACUUCUAGAUCCUGUAAGGUCAUCACUUUGAUCCCAGCAACCACAGGGUCCUCGAAGCAUCCAUGUAUCAUGGAGGAUCUGCUCCUGUUAUCUACUCAUCUAAAAGGUCAUCAGUGUGAUCCCAGCAACCAGUGUCCUAGAAGCAUCCAUGUCUCAUGGAGGAUCUACUCUGUCACCUGCUCAUCUGAAAGUCUUCUAGAUCCUGUAGGGUCAUCAGUUUGAUCUUAGCAACCACAGUGUCCUAGAAGCAUCCAUGUCUCAUGGAGGAUCUACUCUGUCACCUGCUCAUCUGAAAGUCUUCUAGAUCUUGUAGGGUCAUCAGUUUGAUCUUAGCAACCAUAGUGUCCUAGAAGCAUCCAUGUAUCAUGGAGGAUCUGCUCUGUUACCUGCUCAUCUGAAAGUCUUCUAGAUCUUGUAGGGUCAUCAGUUUGAUCCCAGCAACCACAGUGUCCUAGAAGCAUCCAUGUAUCAUGGAAGAUCUGCUAUGUUACCUGCUCAUCUGAAAGUUUUUUAGAUCAUGUAGGGUCAUCAGUUUGAUCCCAGCAACCACAGUGUCCUAGAAGCAUCCAUGUAUCAUGGAGGAUCUGCUCUGUUACCUGCUCAUCUGAAAGUUUUUUAGAUCAUGUAGGGUCAUCAGUUUGAUCUUAGCAACCACAGUGUCCUAGAAGCAUCCAUGUAUCAUGGAGGAUCUGCUCUGUUACCUGCUCAUCUGAAAGUUUUUUAGAUCAUGUAGGGUCAUCAGUUUGAUCUUAGCAACCACAGUGUCCUAGAAGCAUCCAUGUAUCAUGGAGGAUCUGCUCUGUUACCUGCUCAUCUGAAAGUUUUUUAGAUCCUGUAGGGUCAUCAGUUUGAUCUUAGCAACCACAGUGUCCUAGAAGCAUCCAUGUCUCAUGGAGGAUCUGCUCUGUUACCUGCUCAUCUGAAAGUUUUUUAGAUCCUGUAGGGUCAUCAGUUUGAUCUUAGCAACCACAGUGUCCUAGAAGCAUCCAUGUAUCAUGGAGGAUCUGCUCUGUUACCUGUUCAUCUGAAAGUUUUUUAGAUCCUGUAGGGUCAUCAGUUUGAUCUUAGCAACCACAGUGUCCUAGAAGCAUCCAUGUAUCAUGGAGGAUCUGCACCGUUUCCUGGUCAUCUAGAAGGUCUACUAGAUCUUACAAGUUAUCAAGUUUUUCUUGUCAAUUACGAUGUUCUCGAAGCAUCCAGAUAUCAACGAUAUUCUGUUCCAUUUUCUGCCAACUAGAGCCAAGACCCCGCUCAAGGAUCACAAUUCUACAAAUGAUUUUCCAUUAAAAAAUAUUAAGAUCUUUUGACUUAUCGUUGACUUUCUGUUUCUGAUACAUAAUAUAUUUCCUAGCCUCACUUAGCUUCUUUCAAGGAACUUCUCCCAAGGCCAACAUCAAGGGCUCGAGGCCAAGGCAAACGCUUCAGACCCCCAUGGGCCAGGACUAGAUAUCCUUGGACAAGGCCAAGGCCAUAUAAUUGUAAUUUAGGCCAGCCUCCAGGAAAAAUUACUGGUAUUCUAGGGUAUUGCCAGUAAUGAUUGAACCAAUAUUUGAGCAGCACAUAUGGGAACUGCACAUUUGUAAAAAGUUUGUUUACUGCAAAUACUCUAGCCCUAAGUAAAGCAAUGAAGUGAGCCACAUUGAUGGAUACAAUUGUAAGACAAUAUGUAAAUGAUGGUGUAGCUUUCCUAUCAAAUAUAAGAUUUACAGUUAACUGGAAAUGGAUAUUCGAUAUUGGUUUUCAGAUUACAUCGUGUAUGAAUUUUUAUUGUCAUCCUAAGAUAAUUGUUGAAUGAAGUGCCAGUACUAAACAUUGCAACUUUUUAUAAGUUAUAUUUUCAUAUUCAAUCUCACCAGCAGGUCUGGGUUGUUACGUUUUACUUUGAUAAUGUAAAAUUUGUACUAUUAAUAUUUGUUGUAAUGCAUUUAAUCUAUUAUUUAUUGAUAAGAUUUUUAUCAGUGUUUCACCGUAGGGUUUACCUUCUUCACAUAUAACAUUUAUUUUAACCUUGAUGUUUCCAAUUUGCUCUUAUUUACCGCUAUGCAUCAUUUCACACAAUAAGUUUUUUCUCAUCAUUGAAAGGUUUACUGUAAUUUUCUCCCGUUCUUCAUUAACUACAAUCAGUCAUAUGAUAAUAUUCUUAUCCUUGUCUAAAAUAGUUUAUUUAGUUGAAUUAAGUGACAAGUAAAGAAUUUGCUUAAUUCAUAGAGUACUUUAAGCGUUCUCAUUCUUUUUUAAGAUUCCGGUAAAAGCAAACCAGAUUACACACAAAUUAUCAUAUACAGGAAAUAAGUUAAAGCAUAUUUCUGGGGUUUUGAUUAUUUGAAUGUGGUACUACUACAAAUAGCUGAUCCAGAGCUUCUCAAGACAAGUACCAGAUUGAAGAUUUUUUACAAGGAUUUAAUGGUAGUAAUUUAAAACAUGAGAAUGUUACAAUAAUAAUUUGAAAAUCAUUUUGAUAGUGCUUGCCAGCAUCAAUAUUAAAAUAAAGUUGUUUGGUAUUAGGUUAGUAAUUAUUAAUUCUUACACAAUAUAAUUUUUUAUGUUUGAUUGUGAGAAAUUGUUAUGCUUGCCAUGAACUCAUGGUGAUUUUAACCAAUUACUAUUUCCAAGAGUCAAAUCUAUUUUUAUAUUGUUAGUAUUCCUUUAUAGCAUUGGUAUGCAUUAAGUGAUACCUUAAAUCAACUUUUAGUUUAACCCUUUAAUACAUCAAUUUUCAUUUUGAAUUCUUAAUGGUGACAUGUCAACUGUGUGUGAUGCCCCAAAAUAUUCUGAAUUUACACCAUUAUUCUUAUGAUUAUUACGCACAUAAGGUGGUUUCAGACCGCCUCGAAGUUCGCCAGUUCCAGGUAUUCUCUGAUCGGGAAAUUUACCCCGAUCAGAAAAUACCAGGUAUUUUGGCGGUGUGAAAGCAAACUACGCGUAAUAUCCCCGAAAGAAAAUACCCGAUAAAUAGUAGGUACUUGGCGAAAUUACGAGAACUUUCGCGGGGAUUUUUCCAAGGUCGUGGGUAUUUUGGCGGUCUGAAAGCAAAUUACGGGAACUUUUAGCCCAGCGUGUUGUUGGGUGCGGCGCCGUGCAUGGGUUGCUGCUGGGCUAGUGAUUUUGAAUUUCGCGCCUUGCUGCUUAUCAGACCAUACUGCGCAUGCUCGUAACUUCAGGAACUUAUCCCGAAGGGUAUGUUUCAGGGCGGUGUGAAUGCAGGAAUAAUUAAUGGGUAUUUUUCAGCCUAAAAAAGUUCUCGUAAUUUAACGGGGAUUCUUGUGAUCGAGGCGGUUUGAAACCACCUAUAUUUAUAUUUCAUUUACUUCUUGUAUCUAAGGUCAGUCAAAAUAGUAACCCGGGGGGGCCAGUUCCAUUCACGAGUGGAUACCAAGCGCGACCAUGGGGUCUCGAAAAGCACCCUAAACACGUAAUUUCCAUAUUCUGAAAAUGCACCCCUUAACAAGUAUUGGCGUGUGAAACCCUACCCUUAACAAGUAUUGGAAACAAAACGAUACUCUUGGCAAAUAUUCCCUGAAAUGAACCCCUAAACAAGUA